CGUCAGGCUGAAUCGCCGUUUCUACGAUAAGUUUGAGGACCGAGUGAGAGGGAAGCGGGACAAUCGCGUAUUCCAGACAAGGACAGAACCAUAUCACAUCGCGAGUGGCAGAAGUCUGCAAACUGCACUUCAGUUCUUGCAAGAAAAUGAAUAAGAAAACUGCACCUCCGGACGGAGGAUGGGGUUGGAUGAUCGUAUUAGCCUACGCUUUAAAUAACGUAGUGAUCAUCCCCAUAAUGCAAGGAUUCGGCCUAUUGUUUAAAGACACUUUCGUGGAUUUAAAAUUAUCGGCAACAAACGCUGCUGUCAUUAUAAACGUCAACUCCGCUUUCGGAAUGGCACUGGGUCUGAUUAAUGGGCCAUUGUUGAGACAAUUCGGAUAUAGGAAGAUUUCUGUUAUCGGUUCACUGUUUUACGGAGUUGGAAUUAUAUUAACUUCCUUCGCUACGAGUUUUGUACAUUUCAUUAUUGUCUACGGCAUCAUGGCGUCUUUGGGCAUGAGUCUUGUCGUAUCAUCUUUUUCACUGGCCCUGAACAGUUAUUUUAAAGAAAAACGUGGACGAGCAAUGGGUUUGGCGAUGACAAUCACCGGUAUAGGACCCAUCGUGAUGCCACAGCUGAUAUCGUUCCUGAUAUCAAUUUACGACGUCCAGGGUACGGUACUGAUUCUUGGAGCAAUUAGUUUGCACUGUUUGGUUGGUGCAUCUUUGCUGCAACCUGUCAAAUGGCAUCUUAAAGUCGUCGAAGACUCUUAUGACAUCGAAUCGGCAGAAAAUUGUGCAGAUGGAAAUCAAACCGAGGAGGAAGGUAAGAGCAUUCGAGAUUCUUUUUGCGAAUCCGAGAAUUUCGAAAAAAGGAGAAGAAGACCAACAAUUUCGAGUAUCGAUCACGAUGUAGAAACGGCAAGUAUUUAUGGAUUCGAUACACCAAUGCCGAGGCAGCUUUCCGAAAGUGUUUCUCGGCUGUAUGAUGGGAAUGCAGGUAAUCACCGAGAAAAUAGGAGCGGUUCGACGUACUCGAUCGUCGACGAUCAUCUUCGAAGUGGAACACCUCGACCUCGACUUGGACAAAAUUACCGAUGGUGGAGCUCAGGUAGAAGUAUCGAUACCAUUCACCUUGGGAGCAGUUUGCAAAUUUUCGAUGAGUCCACUGCAUAUAAACCUCUUCCACAAAAAAGUAUGAAUGGGUACUCUAAGAGCAAAUAUAUCGAAGACAGAAAGGCAAUGAUGAGUUCAUUUUCCGAAAAGGAAGAUUCGGAACGGCUGGAGAAGAAGAAAUUAGGGAAAGAUAGCGACGACGACAACAAUGGCAGCAAGCCAGACAAAGGAAAGUCCUCGUGCUGGAGAACGAUGAAGAACAUCGUAUUGUUUUUCGACUUGGAUCUCUUACGGGAUCCCAUAUACGUAAGCCUGAUGAUGGGAAUGUCCAUCGCCAUUUUCGCCGAGAUUAAUUUCUCAAUCCUGACUCCGUUUAUCCUAUCGGACAUGUCAUUUAACACUGAACAAAUAGCCAUUGCCAUGAGCGCAAUUGCGGGAGUUGAUCUCGUUUUUAGAGGAAUUGCCCCAUUUAUCGGGGAGUGGCUCAAACUGUCUGCGAGAAUGAUGUACAUGAUCAGUCUCUUUCUCCUGAUUUGCAGCAGGACAUCCCUGAUAUUCGUGAACAAUUUUGUAUCGGUGCUGAUUGUUGCAAUUGGUCUUGGAGUUGCUAAAGGAAUUCGAUCUGUAUACAUGUCUCUUGUGAUACCAGCACAUGUACCGAUCGAAAGACUUGCUUCGGCUUCUGGCAUCCAAAUGGUAGUCAAUGGCUUUAUACUCUUAAUUGCUGGACCAUUACUGGGCGUCAUCAGAGACAAAACUGGAAGCUACUCGUUAUGCAUCACCUUCAUUAACUGUGUAACAGGCGUGACAAUUGUAUUAUGGCUAACAGAAAUAUUUAUUGUCAGCAGAGUUAAAAAAAGGAAAACCUUGAAUCAACAGAAUGACAAAAUGGUAAAUGAGGACUGACGGAAUUAUUUGUACGGGAUAAACAAUGGUAUUCGUAAAACGGAAUGAGAAAGUGAAAGAAUAAGUGAUUACGUAAAUGUUUAUAUGUAGCGGGUCCAAGAGUGAAAAAUGUUAAUGUAAUAGAACAAAGGAAUGAAAAAUCACUGAUGCCAGGAAAACUAUAGUACAAGGCAGUACAAGGUAAAAAAAAAAUUGAGACAGGGUGAUAAGCGUUAUUUAAAUGAGAUUGUAAAUUAUAAAAAUUAUAAAUACUUACCGAGAAGAGCGUUGCUUUAUUUAAAAUUAUAUUAAGACUAUAGUAUGAUUUACCGCUGUGUUCUUUGCCUGAAAUUAGAAUAAAUGUAUAUUUGUUUAGUGCAAGAUAUACAAUUGUUGAGAAUGUACUUACGUAGCAGUAAUUCGUUUUUAAGUUAUUAUGUUUUCUCUGAAAUGUGCACUUGUCUGUAUCACAAUUUAAUGAAUGAGUACGAUGUAUUAUGAAUGAAGAUGAUUUAAGAAAGAACCUGCAAAAUA